AUGCUGCGACGUCGACAGCGCUGCCACCUGCCAACAGAGAGCGCCAACAUUGACCCAAACUCAAAGGAUGGCAGGGGGAUGGGGCCAAACGAAGGCCUAAAUAAACAGUCCAGUUCAGCAAGUAUUCGGAGAAACGAGGCGAGAGCUCUUGGACAGCUGACUCAGUCCGAAGUAUCGGCUUGGGGACUUGGGAGCCAGCUUGAUGGCUUUCAGUUGUCGUCCGAUCGCCCAGCCAUGCAGAGGAGAAGUAGACUGAUGCGGGAGUACAACUCCUACGAUGACCUGAACGAGCCCUUUCGCAUGUUCGGGUCGCAGUCCCUGGACUCGAUCCAGACUCGGGUGACAAUGAAUCCCAGUGGAAGUGAUGGCCUGUCUACGGAUGGCUUGGAUUUCUAUCCCAGCUGCUCACAAUCGCAUUCUGGACUUCUGAGGGAGCACAAUUUCAAGGUAAAGUCGUACUACUACAACGUAGGCCAUUGCGUUCAUUGCAGGAAACGAAUCCGCUUUGCUAUGGCCUGUUUGCGUUGCCGGGCCUGUCCUUUACGCUGCCACAUAGCCUGCUGCCGCCAACUGACGGUUAACUGCAUCCCACAGCCCCAGAUGGGCACCAAAAGUGGAAGCCUGAGUGAUUACGCCCCCCAGGUAGCCCCAAUGGUGCCGGCCCUGAUAGUCCACUGCGUGACUGAAAUAGAGGCGCGUGGCUUGCAGCAGGAAGGCCUCUACCGCGUGUCCUCCACCCGGGAAAAGUGCAAACGCCUCCGGCAGAAGCUUUUGCGUGGCAAGUCGACUCCCCACCUGGGAAAUAAGGAUACCCACACGUUGUGUUGCUGUGUGAAGGAGUUCCUGCGGCUGCUCAUCCACCCGCUGAUACCCAUUUACCACAGACGCUAUUUCGAGGAAGCCACGCAGUUGAGUGAUCCGCUGGCCGUGGAGGAGGCUGUCUAUAUGGCGGUGCAAGAUCUACCACAGGCCCACAGGGACACGUUGGCCUACCUAAUGCUUCACUGGCAGAGGGUAGCCGAUAGUCCACCCGUCCGGAUGACUGUCAGCAAUCUAGCCGUGAUAUUUGCUCCAACUUUGUUCGGAGAUUUGGAUUUGACGCUGGUGAAUGUGGUCGUAUGGCAAAAGGUGUUGCAAGUCCUGCUGCUCUUGCCUUCCGAUUUCUGGGGCCAGUUCCUGGAAGUCCAUCCCCUGCCCUUCCCGAUGCCCAGCAGCUACGACUAUGAUGAUCGUCCUUGGGACCAAUCGUCUUAUCUACGCUGGAGCUCUGUCAAGACAUACUUCAGAUCAAUGGUGAAUCUCAGCAGCGUCAACAGUUAG